CUCGCCAAGGAAGCAUCCACUGACCAGCAUCCAAGCGAGGCAGCCUGACCGCCCACCGUACUACACGCGAGCGCGCGCUUCUGCCCCCGCCCUGUAAAACUCUGAACAUAAAAGUGCAUCGCCCUGCCUCCCUCUCUUCAUCUCCCUCUUCCAAGGAGAACACCCACCUCUCUCUCUCUCUCUCUCUCUCUCUCUCUCUCUCUCUUGUUGGGACCUGGAGAAGAGGAAGGAACAGGGAGCAGGGGGGAAGAAGAGGUUGCUGCGACGGCUCAAGCCUCAAGCAGACAAGCAGAGAAACACCAGUUGGUCAAGAUGUCAGCUGGUUUCCAGCUCGGUGUGAUCGGGUCACUUGCACUCUCUGUCGCAUCCUCAGUUGCCAUUGUCAUCUGCAACAAAGCUCUCAUCAGCACGCUUGGUUUUCCGUUCGCCACAACAUUAACAAGCUGGCAUCUGAUGGUGACCUUCUGCACCCUCCAUGUGGCACAUCGCUUGCAUUUCUUCGAGCCCAAGGCGAUUGAUGGACAGACGGUGAUACUCUUUGGGUUGCUGAAUGGCACGUCAAUUGGCCUUCUCAACCUGAGCUUAGGAUUCAACUCCAUUGGAUUCUACCAGAUGACAAAAUUGGCGAUCAUACCUUUCACUGUGCUAUUGGAGACUAUCUUCUUGAACAAAAGAUUCAGCGAGAGUAUCAAACUCUCUCUUCUGGUCUUACUUCUUGGAGUAGGAAUUGCUUCAAUUACUGAUCUCAAGCUAAACAUGCUUGGUUCCAUCCUUUCUGGCCUCGCCAUUGCCACUACUUGUGUUGGCCAAAUUCUCACAAAUACAAUACAGAAGAGGUUGAAGGUCUCCUCAACGCAGCUUCUGUACCAAUCUGCGCCUUACCAGGCAGGAAUUCUGUUUGCAACUGGCCCUUUUGUGGAUCAACUUCUUACUGACCGGAGUGUCUUUGCACACAAAUACUCUGCUCCAGUUCUGGGUUUCAUUGUCCUAUCUUGCUUGAUUGCGGUGUCUGUGAACUUCAGUACAUUUCUUGUGAUCGGAACAACAUCCCCAGUGACAUACCAGGUGCUUGGUCACCUUAAGACAUGUCUGGUUCUAUCAUUUGGUUACACUCUAUUACAUGAUCCUUUCACUCUAAGGAACAUAUUGGGCAUUCUAAUUGCCAUAUUUGGUAUGGCACUAUACUCCUACUUCUCUGUAAGAGAGGGCAAGAAGAAGUCAGCAAAUGAUGCUCUACCAGUUUCACAGAUGGCAGAUAAGGAGGCUGAACCACUUUUGGCAACUAAAGACAACAACGACACCAAGAAAGCAAAUGGUUUAUCUCACGACUGCUGAGGCUUUUCUUGUAGUUUAGGUCUAGUAUGAACUGCCCUUCGAAUUUAAAGGACCUGGAAAGCCAUUCUUUUCAUUCUUGAGUUCCUUUUUAGGAAACGGAGCUUUUAAAAUUUGUAUAGAAUGCAUAUUUUGACAUUAAAAUUAUUAUUUGAUUGUAUUCUACACACAGCAGUUCCAGCUGAAGUUUUACUAGUGCAGAUCUCAAACUA